AUGGAGGAAGGCUCUCAAAUCAAGCGCGCGGCGGCGGCGACAGAGAGUGGCCACAUCGCACCGGAGCCGAAGCGCAAGAGGAUCACCCUCGCGGACUACAGCAAGAAAACCCCGCGCGUUGCAAACGAGACUGGGGAGGCGCGGCGAGCAAAAGAUGCCGAAAUCAUAAAAACAGCUGCUGAGACCAACGCGAAACGCGAAGCCGAAGAACGUAACCAGCAGRGAUUCGACGACGCCAAACAUGAGAGAGAGGAGGAUGAUCGGAACGUUGCCCAGUCGACACUGUCAAGGUCUGAGCGGAUCAAGAAGCACGACGCUGGGCGCGACAUACCUGGAAACGUAGAAGCGAGGAUCGAACACAAACUGCGAAAUAUCCUGGAGGGUUGCGGACGAUGGGACGGCAAGUCUAUGCAGUACAACCACGACUUCUCGAGAGAAAUCAAGCGCUGUAUGGCGAGCGCGGUGUACUACUCGGCCUUGAUGACCAUGGGGCUCGAUGAAGCAAGUGCUGUCGAUCCAUCCCCGGCUGCUGUGACUGCGCUCAUCAUUGGACACGCCGAAGCACACCACAAGAACCCGUCUACCAAGGGAGAUAAUGGCAUGCGACGAUUCCUUGCACCCGGAUUCCGGGAGAUUUGGCUUCCCAGGACAACCAAGCUCAGCGAGGAAUGGCUCGUACACCACUACGAGCUACGGGCGCUACAUGAUCAGCAAUCAUCGUCCAUGUCGGAAGAGCUGCGUGGCAUCUUCCACCAACUCCACGAGGUGAUUUGCGAUGUAGAGUUGCGCUACUUCGAGGAGGUUUCUUUAACUCCUCCUACACUGACUGCCCUGAACGACGCCAGCACUCCCCAGAGUAGACAAUUUCCGAUUCGGAGAAUCCUGGGCCUUUGCUGGCCUCCAAACCUCCAGCUAUACCUCCGCUGUAUCGACAUCGUGUACGACGAGCAUCUUCACUUCCGCUUCCGUGUCCCUUCGGAAGGCGAAGAUGAUCCGCUGCAUGGCUUGCUUCGCGGUCCAAAGCGCGAGCCCCACCUCAAUAGCUUCUUCACCGAGCUCAGUGGCGGCGACAUCGGCAAAAGUGGCACCUUUCCGACUGAUGGUCAACAUCUUUUUCCACUUGAAAAGUAUGAACACAAUUCUACUAUGGUGGUUAAACACGCCCGUCCGCGCCCAWGUGCAAUGUACGUGGACGGUGAGGGGUUCGGCUCGACCGGUGUGCUGGGAUACGAGUUCCGCGAGGAUAGCUCUCGCGUAGGCUUGGAGGUGUUCAAUGACUGCCAAUUUCAGGCCGUGUAUUUUACCCUCGGGGKAAAGGGCUCUAAACAUACGAUGCAUGUCACUCUAGACGACUUGGAGACAUUGGAUGUGCGCGUGUUGCCAGCGGCACGCGUUGAGACGGCGAACAAAGCUCACAUGCCACCUGAAUACCAGUCAUUGCAGGACGUGCUGAAUCACGACUGGCCUCUUUUGACAUUCGGAGAGCCGAUACCCGAAUCUACUCCGGAGGAAGUGAGAGACAAAGAAUUGCGCACCAAGCUUUGGGCGUUUGAGCUUGUCAUGACACUGAAGCCAAACCGGCGUAUGUCGUUGGAUGUGCCGACUGAUGAGAGCCAAGCCGAGCUGCAAGGAGAAUGGGUCACAGUCCGCAACAAAUUGGAGGAUGCUCACGAAGUCAGGGUUGUGUGUAUCACAUAUGGCUACGGGGAGAGAGGUCACUACAUGUGGUUUCGCGAGAACGUAUCUUCUUGCAAGGCCAUCACAGGUGGCCAUCUGACGAGUCUCUUCGCAUACCUCCACAACACUGGCAUGACUUCCAUUAACGACAUGACUGCAAAACYCAUACCAGAGCCGAAGGAUCGAAAUCCACAGUACGCCAUCAUCCCUCAGUUCUUGCGGCACAAGCCGGGCUCCGACAAGGCCAAGUGCCGUGRGGCAGCUAUGAUACGUAUACCAAAACGCAUUUCUAUGGAGCAGUAUGCGGCAGUGGGUGUGAUUGCCAACUCUCGAGCCGCCCAACACAAGGGUUUUCGCCAGAGAGGAAUCCAACAGUCCCCGCACUCUGCGAAAUUCACAUUCGAUGGGAAAAUGCUUCAGGUGGAUAUAUCGCUUGUUCGCGGUCUUGAUGUGGAAGAUAUGCCUAUCGAUGGCGAGAUAGUUGAGAUCGAGUUCGACGCCUAUCCACAUCUGCAAGAAGUAACACCGCUAGAGAAUGGAAAUCCGCAAGGCGUGCAAGGCGUGCAAGGCGACAAUUUGAGCCGCAUACGCAGAGAAAAAGGAGAAAAGGUGAAGACACCGAACAGGGCAUAUCACUUCAGAGUCAGUAUUCAUCCGUCAGAGGAACUCACGAGGCUAUUCGGACCGCGUGGAGCGUUGAAGGACGGAAUAUGCCAGAUGAUAUACAUCAUGGUAGAGCCGACUGUCGACCAUGUGCUACGCGACGAUAUGAUGAGCACGGCGAUGUUGGUUGAUACGGGCCAAUGCAAAGGUCGGUUUGAUCUCCGCCUGUGGUUGAAGAGGGAUAUGCGGCAUUCAUUCCACUCUGUACUGGUGAAUCAGGCCGGAGCUGGAAUGCAAAGGUUGGCGGCGGAGCUACAAAAAGGUGCGGAUAUCUCACAGACAGCAGUGCUCAAUCGUUUGUGGUGUGGCCUGGUUAAUGGCUUUUUAUUCGUUCAAGGACCGCCUGGUUCAGGAAAGAGCUUGAUUGGAAGCCAUGGAGUCCUACUGAUCGCCCAACUCAAGAAGGUGCUCGUUCUCGCGAGUACGAACUCGGCUGUGAUUGCGCUACUGGAGAAAAUGACGAAAGCGUACGUCAAAACGAAGGAGCAUGUACCCAACAAGCUGUUGUUUUGUCGAGCGCUCCCCAGGAAGUUUGCAAGGUUGGAUGAGAUCAACAAUGUCUGGACGAAGAAGCCCAAACCGCCAAUGAUGGACCCAAUGUCGCUUGCCGACGUGCUGUUUGGGGAUUAUACCAGAUUGGAAGAAACUGACUUGUGGCUCGACCGGAUGGCAUGCUCUGUUGCUUUCCAGAUGACGGGAGAUCCAGACCUGGCGGCCCACGUACAAUUUCCACGCGACCAACUGCUUGAGUGCUGCAAUGAGUAUGUUGAGCGGUGGAAUGAAUGCAACACCUCCCGGACCAAGGCAUCAGAGCAUGCCUUUGAUAUAGCUAAUCAAAAGCUAUGUGAUGUGCUUCUCGCGCAAAUGCACGUCGUUUACAGUACGAUCGAUCAUAGCUCGAAGCUGUCCAACUUCGCCCACGACGGCAUAGUCGUAGAUGAGGCCAGCAAUGUCAACUUGUGGAAGGCGGCCAGAUUUGGACAUCCGGAGUUCCUGAUCCUGAUCGGCGAUAUUUUGCAGAUCAACCCGAUUGAUCCUUCCUCCAUCGCGAAAUUCAACGAGUUCGGGGAGACUAUGCAGAAGUCGAUUCUCCAUUACAUGGAUUACAAGUCACCUGCUGGUGAGAAUGGCGACACAUACACCAUCGUGUUGGACUGCAAUUACAGAAACCCUCCUCGUGUCUGGGACGCACUUCAGUCAUUCUACCUACAGGAAACGAAUGCAUUUAUAGAAUCAGCAGUCGACGUUGAGGCGCGUCCUUACUUCCAACCAGUGAAAAAUCUUUGCAUUCGACCUGAGAACCUGGGCCGGCCGUUCAUGAGCUUGAGAGCAGAGGAUGCAUCGGAUUCGUCUUUCCUUUGGUUCAAUACGGCAUGUCAUGCCGAGGCCAUACCUCGUGCCAAAUUCGACGAAGAGAUGUUCGGCAAGGUUGACCGGCCGGGAGCCAGACGACCACAAUAUGCGACUGCGAACGGCUCUGCGGUCUACAUUUCAACUCCCCGUCCUGUUAUUCGCAAUCAAAAUGCCACCAAUGCGGUGAUCUCCGCGGCACAUCAAUUACUCCGCGGUGGUAUUCCAGCAGCGGCCGUCGUCAUUCAGGUGCCAGAUGCUACGCAACGAUCCCAGCUGACGGCUCUCAUGCCCCAGUACCCUGAGCUCAAGAAGGUGCGCAUAUGGACCGGCACUGAUGCUCAAGGUCAGGAGGAGGCAAUCGUCCUCACAUUGAUCUCUGCGUGCGCCUGUCGUGGUUCACUUCCCAGCGACAACAUCACCACCGUCCUGGCCAGUAGGGCAAACACGUUCCAUUUCGUAUUCGGAAACUUGGAAUGUAUCAUGCAGGACAGGAAAUCAAAAUCGACCUUGUUGCAGGAGAUCGCCGAAGGAGCAUUGGCACAAGGAAAGGUCCGCUCCUGUGCAAUCGAUGAUGAGGCGUUCGGACCAUGCCACAUACCUGGCCCCACCGCGAAGAAGUCAGUCAAACGCCAUAAGGUCACGGGCGGUAUGCCCAUCAGGAGGAUGGCCACGGUUUCUGAUGGUCCUCACCUGGACUAUGACGACGACGGCGAAGCCGACUAUGCGCCCCCGCAUGAAGGUGGGAACAAGAGGCGCAGACAGUAA